AUUUCUUGAUUUAUAAUUUAUUUUCAAAAUAAUUUUUCUUUUAAUAUAAUUAUAUUAAAUAAAUUAAAUAAUUAUAUUAUAAUUAUUAUAAUAAUAAUUAUAUUUGUUAUUAUUUAUAUAAAUUUAUUUAUCUAUUUAAAUAAAUUUAAUAAUAAAAUAUUAAUUGAAAAUAAUUUAAUUGAAAUUAUUUGAACAAUUAUUCCAUUAAUCAUUAUCUUAUUUAUUGCUAUACCUUCUAUUAAAGUUUUAUAUUUAAAUAAUGAAAUAAAAACUAAUAUUUUAUCUAUUAAAAUUAUUAGAAAUCAAUGAUUUUGAUAUUAUGAAUAUUUAAAUUUUAACAAUAAAUUUAAUUCAUAUAUAAUAUAUAAAAAUAAUUUUAAUUUUAAUAUAAUUGAAACAGAUAAUAAAAUAAUUAUUCCAUUUAAUAUAAAUUUACAAUUAAUUUCAACUUCAAUAGAUGUAAUUCAUUCUUGAACUAUUCCAUCUAUAAAUUUAAAAAUUGAUACAAUCCCAAAUCAAUUAAAUAAUCAAAACUUUAAAACAAAUAAACCUGGAUUAAUUUUUGGUCAAUGUUCAGAAAUUUGUGGGAUUAAUCACAGUUUUAUACCUAUUCAAAUUGAAUCAAUCAAUUUUAAUUUUUUUAUCAAUUGAUUAAAUUAAAUUUAGAUAAUAUUAAUCUUUUAAAUUAAUUCAGUUAAAUUAACUUCUAAAUAAAAAAAUAGUUAAUAAAUACAAUAUAACAUUAAUUUGUCAAAUUAAAAUAAUUUUUUUUUAUUAUUCAAUUUAUACCUAAUAUAUGAAUUUUAUUAAUAAUUUUUAAUAUAAUAAUAUUUUUAAUAAAUUUUUUCAUUAAUUAUUUUUCUUCAAAUAAAUUUAAAUUUUAAAUAAUAUAUUUACAAUUUUUGAUCCUUAUAUUAUAAAUUAUCCUAUAAAUUACUUUUUAACAAUUAUAUUUAUAAUUUAUUUAUUUAAAAAAAAUUUUUGAUUAAAUAAUUUAAAUAUAAUUAAUCUAUUUAAUAAUAAUUUUAAUAAUAAUAUUAAUCAAAAUAACCCUAUUAUAAAUAAAACUAUUUUUAAUUUAUUUAUUUCUUUAUUAAAUUUUUUUUUAUUAAUUAAUUUAAUAAAUCUAAUUCCUAAUUUUUUUUAUAUUUCUACUUAUAUUAUUUUUACUUUAAAUUUUUCUUUUUGAUUUAUUAAUAAUUUUUUUAUUUUUAAUUUAAAUAAUAACAUAAAUAUUUUUUUUAUAAAUUUAACUCCUAAAAAUACUCCUUUAUUAUUAAUUCCAUUAAUCAAUCUAAUUGAAUUAAAUAGAUUUUUUAUUCAAAUUUUAACUUUAGCUUUACGUUUAAUAAUUAAUAUAAUAUUAGGUCAUAUUAUCAUUAAUUUAAUAAAUAAUUUAAUAAUAAUUAAUAUUUAUAUAUUAAUUGAAAUAAUAAUUAUUUUCAUUCAAUCUUAUGUAUUUUUUAUUCUUAAUUUAUUAAACUCUAAUAAUAUAUAUUAAA